AUGAAAGCAUUCGGACUUGCGCUGCAUGAGUCGAAUGUCGAGUCCUUAUCGAUUUCCCACCGCGAAACGUUCAAAGGAGCGUCUUCCGGCCAUGUCGUCCGCGGCAUCCGCAACCACCUAGGCAACAGCUUUGGUUUUGCCCGUUGUUUACAUCGCGUCGUGCUGAGCGGGCUCAAAUGCAGAGACAAAGGAUGCGUCCAUCUCGCAGCAAUUUUGCCGUCGACUCCAAUCCGACACCUCGAUCUCUCGAGAAACCACAUCACAGACAUCGGCGCCGCAGCCAUGUCGCUCCACCUACGAGCAGCGCCAUGCUUGAAAGACCUCGUGAUGGAUGGCAAUUGCCUCACCGUGGUCGGCGCAUUAGAUCUUGCCCGGGGCGCUGUCGCGCGGAACCUCUCGUCGCUUAGCAUCACAAACAACCAAUUUGACCCGAGCGACGUCGACGCGCUGAAGGUUGUGGCCCAACAGCAUGGAAAUGCGCUUCGUCUUUCCUACAAGUCGACCACGUCCAGCAAAUUUUUCAAACGAUUGCCAACAUGA